ACGAUGGAACUAUAGUCAUUUGAACGAAAUAUCCCAUCAGUGACUGCGUCGCGGACGGGUUUCAGUCAAACAUCUACACGACUUCCAGACGUUGAUGGUGUGAUGCGUCCAUACAUUGUUGUAAAGCUUUUGAACAAUAAUUUGUAAUCUGAAGAACCACGGCUACUCUAAGCUGAGGAGCAACCAAUCGGAACUUGUAUUGUGGUCCGGACGCACUAUCAUUGUACAGUAUCCGUUGUUUUAAUAAUUAUGAUCACGGUCUUAGAGAUUUUCUAAGACCGUGAUUGUGAUCAUAGAAUAAAGAUUAGUUCAAUUGUGAUUUCAUGUACGAACAAUUUUUCACGAGGAAUGUGCAAUCUUUGAUUAUAAAUACUAUCAGUUAUUACUAAUUUAUAAUCAAUAGUAGAGAAUAUCUAACAUAGGUUCCUAAUUGUUCGUUGUUAAGUUUUCCAUUCAAUUCAGUCAUGGUUAAACACACGUGUCCAUAUGAUGAUUGCACCUCUACGUUCAGUCGACCGUAUCGUUUACGAAUUCACAUUCAACGGCAUCAAGGCAUUAAAGAAUUCCAAUGCUCUCAGUGUGAUCGAGGCUAUCAUCGACGGCAGCAUUUACAAAGGCAUGUUGCUGAGGCUCAUCAAAACCAGUCACGCUUAGAACAACCCUUGUCCUGUGACCACUGUGAACGACAGUUCAACACUGCAUGGGGACUCCGUAGACAUCAGGUUAAAAUAAAAAAACAGAAGAGUCGUGUUCGACAUUACCAGUGCAAAAAGUGUAAUUGUAGUUUCUUUUGUCCUGAUGAUCUUGAACGGCAUUCUCUUAAACAUGAACGUUUUAAAUGUGUUAUCCCAUCAUGCCCUCUAACAGCCCAUCGAUUCAAUUGGAAUUUUUACAAACAGCACAUGGCUACUUACCACUCUGAACCUUUCAUUUGUGAACAGUGUGACGAACGCUUCUUAUUCAAGUCACAAAUAAGGGAGCACGUAAGACAGCAUAUGCCAAAGUUCAAUUGCACUCAACCAGACUGUAAUAGAACUUUUUCAAAUUCUAGAAAUUUGAAUUAUCAUGUACAAAUAGGUCAUGGAGAAAGAAUUUAUAAAUGCAAUGUAAUAGGAUGUGAUUGGUUGUUUAAGUACAAAGCUUGUCUCAACAGACAUGUUAGGAUCCAUCAAGAAAAUGGAAAAAUUGUUCCUAUGGCCAAUAGAAUUAAUAAAAAAGAACCAAAAUUUUUUAUGGCAAAGAAGUUGGCUACAUUAGCUUUAAAAAUUUAACUAAAAUAUUCAACAGAUUUAUUUACAUGUGUUAUGUACAUUUAUUUGUUUGUUAAUUUAA